AUGCCUUUGGUGCGCUACCGCAAAGUGGUUCUCCUGGGCUACCGGGCCGUAGGCAAGACCUCCCUGGCUCACCAGUUUGUGGAGGGGAAGUUUCUGGACAGUUACGACCCCACGGUGGAGAGCACCUACAGCAAGAUGGUAGUAGUUGGCAAGGAUGAAUUUCACCUGCAGCUGGUGGACACUGCUGGACAGGAUGAGUACACCAUCCUGCCUCACUCCUUUGUCAUUGGCAUCCAUGGCUACGUGCUGGUGUACUCGGUGACGUCCCUGCGCAGCUUCCAGGUGGUGAAGACCCUUCACAACAAGUUGUAUGAGAGCAGGGGGAAAACACGGAUGCCUGUGGUGCUGGUGGGCAACAAGGCGGACCUGUCCCUGCAGAGCCGGGAGGUGAAGACAGAUGAAGGCAGGAAGCUGGCGGAGUCCUGGGGGGCCAUUUUCCUCGAGUCCUCGGCCAAGGAGAGCCAGGGCACCCAGGGCAUCUUCACCAAGAUCAUCGAGGAGAUUGACCGCGUGGACAACUCCUACAGCCGGGAGCAUCGUUGCCACCUCAUGUGAGCCAGUGCCACUGGAGCUGCACUCCCCCCAACCUGGGCCUGGCAGGGAGACCCCCCACCUCGGGCCCUGUGCCAGCCCCUGCAUGGACAUUGGGGGCUGGUGGUGCUCAUAGGGGACAAGGGGGUUCCUCGCUGCAGGCAGCCACAUGGGAGGACAUGGAGCUGCUCCCAGCGGAGCUGCCGAGUAGGAACUGAAUCUGCAGCUUGUCCCCAGGGCGGUGCCCGGUGCCAUUGUGUUGGCAGCCUGUGGGAGUCAGGGAUGCCAGGCUGGAACAAUCCCAUUUUGUGCCAGGGGUGAAGCCCCCAGCUGGCACCGGGGUGGGAAGUGGUGUCUGGACUGUGGCCAUCUCCAAGGAAGGAGCAGGGUGUUCUCCACAGGCACACGGGGUGGGUGCUUGUGGGAUGUCCAGGAGCUGGGUGCCUAGUGCUGGGGUUCCCCCUGUGGCUCAUCAGCCCCCAGGCAACCUCGUUAGUGCUAAUUACCCACUUGGGUUGGUGGCAGAAAGGCACAAGAAGAUGCACAUAGGGAGAAGGGGUGCAGGGAACCAGAGGUGGUUCUGGGAGGGGCUUUUAGGGGUCCUUAUGGACAGAUCUUUGCCCCACAUUGG